GCUUCUGCAGCCAGCGAGAGAGGGAGAGGGAUGGAUAUUGGAGGAGGAAUUUGGGCUUAACAAGUGAUCGCUGCUGUCUAGGAUUUUCUUUUUCUGGGGAACCUUGACUUCCUUUCCCAAUCGUGCCCACCUGUGCUGAACUCCAGAGGAACCAGAAGUGUUGGGGUCUAUUUCGGGGCAGCCCUGAUCCCCACCCUGGGCUCCAGCAGCGAGGACUCUGUGCCCCCAGGCAACAGAACUUGUUCCGUGGAUAUUUUGCAGCUUCCACCUGCCACACCGGAGUGAUUCCUUCUACCCCCAAGAACAUUCUUCCCCUCCUCCAGCUGUUGCAGCUUGAGGGGGAAAGACAAACCGAGCGGGGGUUUUCUUUAUAUUUAUUUUUCACUCCGCCUGGGAACGGUGAAGUACUUCUUCUGCAUGAUUUUAGCUGAAGGAUGCUCUGCAUUUCCUUGAUUUCUAUGGAGACCUCAGAGCUGGGUUUGCUCCUGCUGACACCUCAUCUUGUACCUUCUCUACCUCCCAAGGUCUUUGCCUCUUUCAAUAGCUUGGCAUUGCCCCUGGGUCCAGGAAGCCUAUGAUGAACUUAAGGGGAGCACCCGGAGAAUCAUCCUGAUAGGCUUUGAGCAGCAAUGGCUGGACAUACUUCAAGCCACAUGUUAACAUGGGUCAAGCCAUCACUAGAAGGCAAGUGCUAAGACUAAAGGCUUAUUUGCAUUUUAUUUAAAUUUGAUGGACUGAGCUUUGGACAAUUUCCAUGGCAGAAAAAUAUAUUCCAUUUUCUAGGCACAACUGCUGGCUGUCAGACACUUGCUGCCUUUGAAUCUUGCAGCAUCAUCACCAACCACCCUAGACGUAUUUCCAAAUUUGAACAGCCACCCUGAAACAGGUGUUUGGGAGACCCCAACAUUUUCUGACUUAGGCCUGAGAGUGCUAGGUUGUUUAUCUAGACCAGCCAAGCUCCGGAGAGCAAUGUUGAAUCCCUGGGAACAGAGAGCAUGGUGCGUGCUGAUUUAAAAACAGAAAAUGCAAAGUUGGACUGAAAAUAUCCUUAGUCUUCCAAGCAAUCUGCUUAAGGGUUCCAAACUUACCUUCAUUUGGUGACAAAAGAAGCUGCCCUAUUUUUCUUUCUUCUUCUUCUUCUUCUACAACUGGAACCAGCCAUUUCCAAAAACCACCACCAUGGAGGUUGCAAUGGUGAGUGCGGAGAGCUCAGGGUGCAACAGUCACAUGCCUUAUGGUUACGCGGCCCAGGCUAGGGCACGGGAGCGGGAGAGGCUUGCUCACUCGAGGGCAGCUGCGGCAGCCGCUGUGGCAGCUGCCACAGCUGCUGUGGAGGGCAGUGGGGGUUCUGGAGGGGGCUCCCACCACCACCACCAGUCGCGUGGGGCCUGCACCUCUCAUGACCCUCAGGGCAGCCGGGGUAGUCGGAGGAGGAGGCGCCAGCGGCCUGAGAAGAGGAGAGUCCAUCACCGCCAGAGCAGCUUUCCUCAUUGCUCCGACCUGAUGCCCAGUGGCUCUGAGGAGAAGAUUCUGAGGGAACUGAGUGAGGAAGAGGAAGAGGAGGAGGAGGAGGAGGAGGAGGAAGAGGAAGGAAGGUUUUACUAUAGUGAGGAUGACCAUGGUGAUGAAUGUUCCUACACGGACCUGCUGCCCCAGGAUGACGGGGGCGGUGGUGGCUACAGUUCAGUCCGCUACAGUGACUGCUGUGAACGUGUGGUGAUAAAUGUGUCGGGCCUGCGCUUUGAGACCCAGAUGAAGACUCUGGCCCAGUUUCCAGAGACUUUGUUGGGAGACCCUGAGAAGAGGACUCAGUACUUUGACCCUUUGCGUAAUGAGUAUUUUUUCGACAGAAACAGGCCUAGCUUUGAUGCCAUCUUAUAUUAUUACCAAUCAGGAGGCCGCCUCAAGAGGCCAGUCAAUGUCCCCUUUGAUAUCUUCACUGAGGAGGUGAAGUUCUAUCAGUUGGGAGAGGAGGCCCUGCUCAAGUUUCGGGAGGACGAGGGCUUUGUGAGAGAAGAGGAGGACAGGGCCUUGCCAGAGAAUGAAUUUAAAAAGCAGAUUUGGCUUCUGUUUGAGUAUCCGGAGAGUUCCAGUCCAGCCAGGGGCAUAGCCAUCGUCUCUGUUCUGGUCAUCUUAAUCUCCAUUGUCAUUUUCUGCCUGGAAACUUUACCUGAGUUUAGGGACGACAGGGAUCUCAUCAUGGCACUGAGUGCAGGCGGGCACAGUGGGUUGUUGAAUGACACCUCGGCACCCCACCUAGAGAACUCAGGGCACACCAUCUUCAACGACCCCUUCUUCAUCGUGGAGACAGUCUGUAUUGUUUGGUUUUCCUUCGAGUUUGUGGUUCGCUGCUUUGCUUGUCCCAGCCAAGCACUCUUCUUCAAAAACAUCAUGAACAUCAUUGACAUUGUAUCCAUUUUGCCUUACUUCAUCACCCUGGGCACUGAUCUGGCCCAGCAGCAGGGGGGUGGCAACGGUCAGCAGCAGCAGGCCAUGUCCUUCGCUAUCCUCAGGAUCAUCCGUCUGGUCCGAGUAUUCCGGAUCUUCAAACUCUCCAGGCAUUCCAAAGGCCUGCAGAUCCUGGGCCACACCCUCAGAGCCAGCAUGCGGGAGCUGGGACUUCUGAUCUUCUUCCUCUUCAUUGGGGUCAUCCUGUUUUCCAGUGCUGUGUAUUUCGCAGAGGCAGAUGAACCUACCACCCAUUUCCAAAGCAUCCCAGAUGCGUUUUGGUGGGCCGUGGUGACCAUGACAACUGUGGGCUAUGGGGACAUGAAGCCCAUCACUGUGGGGGGCAAGAUCGUGGGGUCCCUGUGUGCCAUUGCAGGUGUCUUAACCAUUGCUUUGCCAGUGCCAGUGAUUGUCUCUAACUUUAACUAUUUCUACCACAGAGAGACUGAGAAUGAGGAACAGACACAGCUGACACAGAACGCAGUCAGUUGCCCAUACCUCCCUUCUAAUUUGCUGAAGAAAUUCCGGAGCUCUACUUCUUCUUCCCUGGGGGACAAGUCAGAGUAUCUAGAGAUGGAAGAAGGAGUUAAGGAAUCUCUCUGUGCAAAGGAGGAGAAGUGUCAGGGAAAGGGGGACGACAGUGAGACAGAUAAAAACAACUGUUCUAAUGCGAAGGCUGUGGAGACUGAUGUGUGAAUCUUGUUCUCCACCUGCCACUGCCUCCCCGCCCCACCCCCAGCCCCAGUAUCUCCAAAUAUAUUUAUGCAUAGAGAGUGGAGUUAUGAAAAUGAAAUAUGCAAACGAAUCUAAUGCAUAUAGUAGUACACCAUUUAAUGGUUAUACGUGACAAUUGUUACUCAACUUGUAUUACAUAUCAAAUAAAUGAUACAUCUUGGAGAAGAGGGAGGCUAAAAUAGGAGCAAAUCUUAUCUUUAUAUUUUUUAUUAGAAUGUAAGAAUUUUGCACACUAACUGGAAAAGAUGUUAAAAGUAAAGGUGGGUCUGUGGAGAGAAGGUAUAUGUGUGUUUGUGUGUGUGUGUGUGUGUGUGUGUGCGCGCGCGCACACGUGCUGCGUGCGUGUAUGUGCAAGUAAAUUGUCAACAUUGUUAGUAAUUGUGCAGUGAUGGGAAGAGUUGGCAUUUUGAAGUAUUUACUAUGUAAGAACUAAUGAAUUUGAGCAGUCAUUUAUCAGUGCUCUGAUAGCAUCUCAUGUCUGGAUUCCAUGGUUGUUUUUUAAAAAUUGUAAGAAUUACUGUGUAGGGGAAAAAAAAAGGAAAGUGAAUUAUUUAAUAGAAUAUAGGUCACAGUUUUAUCUUGGAUUUAAUUAAAGUUUAUUUUUAACUGGAAAUUAACUUUUAAAAAGGCUUCAGGGGCCUUUAGAAAUUGAUUAUAUUUUAUUAUUAAUUUGGGGGAAGAUAUGACAGCAAAUGCCUAACAAUAAUGGAAGAAGUGAAAUCGGAGAAAAUGUAACAAGUUUUGUUCACAGAUAACAGGACUGGAAUUUUUUUUUUUCCUUUGCACUACUUUAUAUGAUGGAGAUUGAGAGAGACUUCCUACUGUGAGUGUUUACUAAUGUAACAGUUCAGUGACAAUCAUUGGAAGAAUGAUUUCUUAGUCUUAUUUUAUGUUCUCUUCUUUUCUUUGUGUGAGACUAAUGGCCACGCAGAUAACAGCACAUGGUUCCCUUCUUUUAAAAUCUAAAUAACUGAUCUGCAAAGGGACUCUGAAGUAAAAUUUAGCAACAGAAUCUUUUAGAAAUUGGACUGUGACAAUGAUGCUUCUGAAACCAUACUAUUUUAAUUAUUCUUCUGCCUUUUAAAUGCAGAAUAAUUUAACCAAAGUUAAUGCAUGCACUGAAAGAAUUCUUGAAGAAAAUAAGAUGCCCAGCAGCUACAGUGAUUAUGGCUUAAGAGCUUUCUAUUAAAUGUGCAACGUAAAUGCUAGAUUUAUUAAGUUUAUUUCUUUGUGCAGCUGCAUAAAGGCACAGGGUGGGGAUUCACCUCAGAAUUUAGCAUUCCACUUGCCAAAAAUGAUACAAAGAAGGAUUGUGUCAAACAUUUGGUUUCAAUAUCACCAUCGCUAUCAGUUUUGUAAAGGGAACUUGUGACACAUGUAACUGCACUUAAAUCAUGACAAGAUGUUCUAGAAUGUGAGGUAACAGCUAGUAAUCGGACUUACACUAGUAAGUCAUAAUGAGAUAUAGAGUAGCAAAUUUAGAAUGCAUAAGAGGCCUUAUUCUCUAAUGUUUCUUCAACAUCUAUUCUUUAUAAAAUGGUUGUCCUGAGGUUUGGGAAAAAUAUACUAUGUAGCACGUAAUGAACUCUGACAACUGUGAAUUUAAAAAAAAGAAGAAAGAAAGGAAGAAAAGAAUGAUCAAGAAUAGCUUUUCUCAAGCUUUUAAAUCCCAGGCCAUCAUUUGAUAAUAACAUAAAUCUUUAAUGAUAUUUGAAAUUCAAAAUAAAUCCAUGUUAGAUUUAAAAGCAAAGCUACACCCUUCUCCCCACCCCACCCCCACCACUUAAAGAAAAAUACCUUUCAAGAAUACCUGUUGGAGAAUGAAAGGCAGUAAGCGGGGGAGUUGAUUGAAUGUUCUGACCAAAGAUCUCCAGUGGACAAUAGUGAAUGAUAAAACAAGGAUAUGCAAUCUUGUAAUAAGAUUUCAAAGACGUCAUUUUAAUAUAUUUUGGAUUUGAAGCAAAAAUAUAACAAACAGACUAGGAGUAAGGCUAUCUGGGUUGGUCACUAUUCAUUUGAAAAAGUCACCAUUAAUCUCCACACCCCAGUUUCCUCAUUAGUAAAAAAAAAAGGGCACAUAAAGGCUUUCGUUACUUCACAGAAUUGUUAUGGAAAGCAAAUAACAUGUGAUAACUCAGAAAUGCCUAGUUCCAUAUAAAUGCCUGAUGUUAUGUCUACAUUGCUUAAUCUUCCUCUGGAAAGAGAAGAAUUAGAACCCCUGUGUUAUGGGGCACUGGGGUGGCUCAGUCCGUUGAGCUUGGGACCUUGGCACAGGCCAUGAUUUCCUGGUGCCUGAGUUCAGGCCCCUCAUGGACUCACUGAUGUCAGUGAGGAACCUGCUUUGGAUCCUCUGUCCUCCUCCCUCUGCUCCUCCCCCACUUGUGCUUUCUCAAAAAUAAAUAAACAUUAAACAAAAGUUAAAAAAAAAAAAAGAACCCAGGAGUUACAUCUGCUUUAUUAGGAUAUUGUGAAAAUCAUGGGUAAUUUCUUUAAUUUUGAGCUCCUUACAGGAAGUGGAUAUGCAGACACAAGAUAGCCUCUCAUUGAAUAAUUGCUACAGUUUCUUCACUUAGGGGAAAGAAAGAUCCUGGGCAUGUCCUGGUGUAAAAAAGUUGACUCUGUGAGUGAGGUACCAUGUAUCUUUUUCUGUACGCAACUAGGUCAGAUUAUAUUUUAGAUAAUUUAAAUGCUAUCCAGCAUUGGAUGUUUAUUGAACAUUCAAUAAUCCCAAUGGCAAUGAUUUGGCUAUGCUUGGAAGGGAAAAAGUAUUACAUUUCUACCACAGCUCCUUUUUAAAGCUGAAAGUUAUAAUGAAUUUAGCCGAUAUGUAUUAGAUUUGAUAAUUCUGUGAAUUCAAGAAAUAUAGUCCUUUUGGGAUCCUGGGAUUUUCCUGUAUCUUACGUAGUUUUUUUUUAAGUGUAAUACAGACAAGAAGUGACAGCCAUGGGCUUCCAAAGCAAAUAUUAGGUUAUCACUACAUGCAUGUGUGUUGGUUUGCAUUUUCUCUCAAGAUGAAUUUAUUUUAGGAUGUCUGAAUCUUGAUUCCACACUAAGAAGAAAGCAUGUAAGCCCUCAAGAUUUGUCUAGGGCACUUUUGUAUGGAACACUUCUCUUGUAGAGAAUGUGUGAAGGUAGAGAAAGUGUCAACGGCAGCUGUGAAUGUAUAACAUUUUUCCAAGUUAAAGCUAGCUAAGCAAGGUGCUUUAGUACCAUUUGUAAAAAUUUUAUCUACUGAGUAAUAUGCUUUCAGAAGCUAUUUGUAACUGACAUUUAGGAAACUCUCCUCUCAGAGGCCACCACACACAUUUGGCUGUAAGAUAAAAGAGAAGUGGCCCCAUUUAGAGAUUUGAAUUUUGGGAACCUCGGAUCCUCUAGUUGCUUUUCAGAUGAUAAUGUUACCAGAAGUACAAUAUUUGAAGGUCAUCCUAACCAGAGUUUUUUCAAGGGUGGAUACAUUGUUCUCUCUUUUAAAUGUUUGAAAGGGGAACAGUUAUGCAGACCAGUUAUGGAGAAAAGAGGACUAAAUACUCCUUUUAAUUUCUGCAAAAUAGAGCUUUUGGGUGCCAAAGGAAAGAUGGAUGGUCUGGGAGUGGAGAGAUGGCUCGCUGACAUUGACACAUCAUUUCAUCUUGACUCUCAGGUGUUUUGUUUUGUUUUGUUUUGUUUUGUUUUUAAGUGUACAACCAGGCUGUUGUGCUACAUUAUCAAUUGAUUCCUUUUAGCACCAAAAUUCUCUGGAGUGGAAGGAAGUUAUUAGACUAGCUGGAUAUUUUCUAAGUAUUCAAAUCAUAUCGGUCUUGAUUUCAUAGGUAAUAAGAGCAAAAACAGUUUAAAAUCUCACUGUUGGGUUAAAUAGAGAACCAGAGAUUUUGAGAUUGAGUUUUUAGAAUGUAAAUGAAACUGAACGAAUAGAGUGUAUUUGAAGCUCUUUAUUCUAACAACGAAAGGGAAGGGAUUCCCUUAAUAAAAAAUAACUCAGUCUCCAGUUGAAUACAUGUGAAAGUUGGUAAGUAAACACUUUGAUUUCUUGCUUUGUUAUAGUACAGUCUUGUCAGUAAACGAGUGUUCCGACCUAUGCUAGGGAACUCAUUUUAUGCCUAAGCACAUGUAGUAUUUCACGAGUGUCACUGCUUUCCUUGUCAAAUUAGUUUUGUUUUUAAUGUUUAUUUAUUUUUGAGAAAGAGAGACAGAGCAUGAACAGGUGAGGGGUUACAGGGAGUGGGAGACACAGAAUCCAAAGCAGGCUCCAGGCUCUGAGCUGUCAGCACAGAGCCUGAUGUGGGGCUCGAACUCACAAACCCUGAGAUCAUGACCUGAGCUGAAGUUGGACACUUAACUGUCUGAGCCACCCAGGUGCCCCAGCUUGUCAAAUUAGUUUUAAACAGGAUCACUGAAGUUUUGUGAAAAUGUUUUCAUAAAACAUCUGUUGAAAUAGAAUCCAAUCUAUGCAUAAGAAAUAACUAUGGAGAAUACUUUUGAGUUCAGAUAUAUAUCCAGUUUUUAGAAAGUCAACAUUAGCCAGUAGAAAGUUAUUUUUAAUUGCACUGGAAUCAUAAACAGUAGUAUCUCCACAUCCCAACAGAAUCAGAAAUGGUGUUCUCUGUUGUUGAUUUUGAGGAUUGUGAUGCACCUUUAGCCACCACAUCGCAGCUGUUCCUAGGUAAAGUGGCAAAUACACCUAGGUUGGUUUUACAGUUUUUGGUGAGCAUGUGAUGUGCUCAUGUGCAUGAUGCAGAGUGUAACAUCCCUCUUUAUGUGUGUGUGUGUGUGUGUGUGUGUGUGUGUGUGUGUGUGUGUGUUUUAUUGAUACAGUAUAGAAUGAUUACGGGUUGUCAUUCAGUGGCAAAGGGGCCCGUUCCAGGAAAUCUUCCUGACCCAAAAGUCAUUCUGAAUUCGGCAAGGGACAUUUGGUGUGGACAAAAGGUACUUCUUGGUUUUCCUGCCUGCAAAGAAGCUUGACUCAAAACACAGGGUCAUCCAAACAAAUAUAACUGUUACAGGUUAGAAAACAAUCCUACUUUCUAGUACGAAGAUCAGUAUUCCUAUUUGACAGAAUGUUGAUGGAGUGGUUUGUGUUCAAGAUUGAAGGAAGCAGAGCUAUUUUUGCAGUAAAUGGGAAUGUGUACUUCUGAAAUGUAAAUUAAGAUUAGGACUGUGAUAUGAGUUUUAUUUCUGACUUGGUUCUCUGUUUCCAUAGCAGUCCCAAUUUCUUACAGUAUCUUCAUAAAAAAGUAUGCUAAUACAUAUCAGACCAUAUGGCCCAAUUUGAGGUACAGAAAAUAUGGUUACUUUAUUUACGGAUAAAUAAAUUAAUCCCAGGGUAUGAGUUGGGUGCUUUGAAAAACAUAGCAUAUAGUAAUGAGCUAUGGCUCUAAGUGAGGCUACAACAUAUUCCCUUUCAGGCCUGUAGGUAAUACGAAAUGGUACCAGAAUAGAUAUAUCAAGGAAAUAAAAUGCUAAAGAAGGCAUCUUAAUGUUGUCUAGGGAGGGAUUUUCCCACAUCCACUGAUCAUGGUGUUGCUGAUUUGCAGUCAAGUUUUUGAUUUAUUUAACAUCAUUGGUAUCUUGGAAGGAGAAUUUGUAUCCAGAGUACCAGGAGCUAAAUGAUUUUGAUCGCUGAUCCACAAAUAGUUAUCUUCUGCUUCCUGAUUUGCAAAUUACCUGUUGUACAGAUUGUCCAAAACUAGUUUCUCAUCUGAGUUGGCUUUACUCAGGCUCAAAACCACGGUCUCCCUUUCAAUAGCCAGGCUAGAAACCUGCAAAAUUGUAAACAGAAAACAAUAUACUACAAAGAAACAACAAAUACCCUGAAACUAGAUAGCCAAAUAAACUACUUGGAAAACCAAAUCUGUUGUUCAAAUUAAUGUUUAUGUACCUCAGAAUGAAAUAUGAAGGAUUUAGGAAUAACCUUUCCCCUAUCUCCUUGCCAUUAGCAGAGUUAACCAGGAGUGACUAUUGUGUGUUGUAAAGCAGAAAUGAGCUACUGAGAUAUUAUGCAAGUUAACAUUUUCUGUGAAAAUGGCAGAAAUGCUAACUUACCUUAGAAGUGGUCAUGAUAGUAAUUAUUAGGAAUAACUAGUGAAUAUGGAAAAUAUGCUGUUUUUUCCCAGUUAUUGGUGUUAUGUGCAAAUGUACUUGGAUUAAUUUUUCAUGACUUCGUAGACCAAAGGCAUAUUUUUAAAGCCACAGAACAUGAAGGCAUUUUUAUACACAGCUUCUUAAGCUACUGACUGUUGACGAAUCAGUCACCUCUUAAAUCAGUGAAAUAAAUAGCCCCUGUGGAUAUUGACUACAGUUGUACCAAUGCUGAGCCAAAUAUUUAUAUUUGUUUUAAAAUAAUUAGAUUAAUAUUUAUUCAUAUGUUUAUAUACAUAUCAUAUAUUUAAUAUUCUGCCUUUAUUCUGGCCAAAGAUAUAUAAGCAAAAUGAAUUGUCUAAGGCAUUGCAAGAGACUUUUUGAAAUGAAGUAAAAGUGUAUAAUUCUUUUGUGUUUUGGGGAAAAUGGUGAGACCUAAGGAUUGAGAAACCUUUCUUUACACUCUAGGUUGGAUUUUGUGCCAUACAACCACAGUGGUAUUAGGGCUAAGCUCUGAGAUAUUCCAUGCAAUAAGGAUAUAUGGGGUUUCAUUCCCAGGAAGGUUGAUUUUUAUGUUUUAUGAAACAUUGCAAAAUGUUUAUCUUAUUUUUCAUGGUCAUUAUUCCCAUUACAUAAUGGAUACAUAGAGCAUGGAAACUAGACUAUCUAGCCCCAUAGAGCUACUUUGUGCUCUCUAGAAAUCAAUUAACUUAAAGCCAUUAUUGUUCUGCAUUUUUAUCGUAGCUGUUGUUUGAUAUGACUUCCUUAAUUCUCUUAGGUUCAAUUACAGUAUUAAAAAGUCUCAGGUUGUUUUUGUUUUGGGCAAAUGUUUCAAUAUCUCAGCCUCUGCAGGCACUCACACACAAAACUGUAAGAUAAUUAGAAAAUCUCAUAUCUCUUAGAGACUAGGGCUGUAUUAUCUGAGCUCCUUCAAUGAUAGGGACACAUUAGUUAACAUAGAGGAUGCAUGUUAUUCUAUUUAUAAACUUAAUUCACUCAUACCUGAGUAGAUUGAUGGUUCCCCUAGAGAACACUAAUGUGUUCAUAGCACUUGAACAAGUCCUUUUUUUCUUCUUCAAUUGGUAGGGAUCAUGAUCCAAAUGAGGCUUUCAUUCGCUAGCAGAUAAGGUAGGAAAUAAUUAAUGAAGCUCCCACUGGACUGAAAUAUAGCAAGGGGUAUGGAAUCUCUAGAGAAUAUAGUAGGAUUUAUAUUUAUUUGUUUAUUUGUCAUUCCUAAUUGGUGUCGUUGACAUUACUGUUGGGGGAAUGGAUUUUAAUUUCAGGGUGAUUUACCUAAUAUUAAAAUGAAUUUCGAUAACAAAAUAGAGAUCAUAAGUUCCACACUAUCUCAUUAGCUUGAGGAAUAACUCUAGUUAAAUAUUUUAAGAUAUUAAUUUGAGAUUUGGAGAUUGCAGUUCAUAUUUAGAGCCAUUUAUUUGGAGAGAGAUUUAGCCCAUAAAUAAUGAUUCAUUUAUUCAGGUUUCUUGAGAGGUUAAUGGAAUCUCUUUAUUUUUCUUCCCUAUCUCCUGACUUUUGAAAACUAUAUUUAAAUUUAUGGAUUAUACUUAAAUUAGUGGUUAUGAAUUUUCUUUUACCAAACCAAGUGAAAAGCUUGAUUACAAAUUGAUCAGAGGAUGACAAGAUCAUUUGAUGGUUUGGUUUUUUUUUUGCAACAUUUGCUAUUAAUCAGUCUGAUUUCAGUAUAUAUGGAAAACAACAUAACAUAAUGCGUAUACCAUAUUAGAAUCUAGAUGACCGAGAAGGUAUACUCAGAAUAGAUUUUCCUUCUGGGAUCCUAGAUGUGUUCUCAGAGUUCUUGACCUGUUUCCUCCAGAUCUGAGCCAACCAGUGUGAAGCUAGUAAACUGCUUUUUUCCUGGUAUAGCAACAGGGUGUAAGAAGGAUCAAGAGCUAAUUGGGGCAUUGGGGAAUGGGAGGGAGGUAGGCAAGGGGUAAGGAGUUUUGCCUAAGUGAAGUCAUUCAUUUGAUGGUGAAAAUAGGUAGGUCAGACUAAAACUGCUUCAUUUGGUAAUGCUAUUAAUUUUUUUUAAUCUAGGAAAUCCAGAAAAGCAGAUUGAUCACUUAGUAUUGGUACCAGAUGUAGUAAGCAUGUGUAUGUAUAUGUACCAGUAUUCUAACUCCCUUUGCUGGUAUUCUCAGAGCACUCACAUACCAUUAAACCAAAGCUGCGUCUUACUAAGGGUAAAACUCACUUUUCCCUUCAGAGCAAGAGUCACAUUCUUAAAAGAUUACCAUGCGGGCACUUAUAUUUCACAGAGGAUAAUCUCCCCCACCCUUAAUCUAAUGCAGAAUGUUAAUGUGGUAGGUGUAUUAAAACUAAGAAUUAAGCAUCAAUUGAAGCCCUAAGAGUGCUUGUCACUAACACAGAGCUGAAUGAUGUGUUUAUGUUGGUUAUCGCUGGUGUGCAAUUCUUAGAGGAAUGGAAAAAUCAUAAAAUCUGUGCAACAUAAUUAGAACUUCUUGCUGUCAUCGUAUGCUCCUUGCUGAUUUAGUUGCUGCUGCUGCUCAACCAAAGAGAAGACAUGUCAUUUCACUACUAGAAUCCACAUACUUCACAGGCUUCAAGGCAGUGUGAGAAACAGUGGGGGAAAGAAAGGGUUAGAUUAGACUGAUAAGGGUGAAGCAACAUACAGUAUUUUAAGGUGUGAAUCAUCUUGUGACACCAGACUAUUUUUACUCACUCAAGGGACUGAGUUGAAUUUUUGGAUAGGAGAGGCUCUGUUUAGGAAUUACUGUUCCCUUUUUGUUUGUGGUAUCACUGUUGGAAAUCAGUCUAGCAUGGGAUAAAUACUGCCAUCAUUGUUAAAAUAAGCUGAAGAUUACAUACCAGAAACAUGUUUUUAUUUCAGUUGUGAAAAGCUGUAGUUGUGUUAUAAGCUCUGCAAGAGGGAUUAGAAAGUCACUCAACUUUUAAAAAUUUUACUGCACCCCUGAAAAGAUUUGGACAGGAAAUUAAAGUAGAAGAUUCUAAGUUCUGACCAAAUAUAAACUUGUUCAAAGGUCUCCUUUUUAGUUUCCUGUUUCAAUCUUUUCCCUCAGUUACUAAACCUGUCUUUUUUUUAACUGCAGAAAUAGACAUUAAAAUGCUUGGCACCCGCAUCUUCCCCAUACCCUGCUGCACCCCAUUCACAUUUAUUUACAUGAAAGCCCAGAUCAGGAAGCCUUCUGCUAUCCCAAGUUCACAAAUUUCUCAGGGGGAGGUUUUUUGUAUGAUCCAGGUAGACAUUUUCCCAUUUUAUAAAUCAGGUCAUUCCAGUGCAAACCCGGGAAGCUUCUACAAUCACCUGCAAUGUGAGUCUAUUAUGUUCUGUUAUUAUGUUGGGUAUUGUCUGCCUAUUACUGAACAGCUGGGAUUUUAGAAACAGCUGGAUGAUUAGUUGUGUAUUUUGCAUUUUUCACUCAGAUGCUUUAUUACUGUGUAGAAACAGCCUCAGUGUAGAAUGAGCUGGGACUAUAAUAGCAGAAAUCUUGCUCUGUGCAACUGUUGUUAUUAGGAAUUUAAUCAAGAAAAUUCAGGGCAAACAGUUUUGGCUAUUGUUUGCUUUGCAAACAUGUUGUUAGAUACAGCGUACUCAUUUCCACUUUUAGGUGAAACAGUUGAUUUACCAAAUUUUAAAAUGCCUCUUGCGAUAUUCCUUAGGCUACUGAAGCUAUGCUUUGGCUGUUACAUUUAUUUGCUCCAGGGGAAAUGUCUACACACGGUGAGACAUUACCUGAGUUUUGCAUUCACUGCUGGCAAGAGGAGCUGACAGAGCAGGCAGGCUUCAGUCCUCUCAUGCACCAGAAUCUAUUUUUAGGUUUGUCUCUUUGUGACUAGCUUCAACCCUGACUAGAUGGGGUUGAAAUUUAAAGACAAGGCAAUGCUUUAUUAUGAUGAUCUGUAGGUUUAUAAAACUGUUUGGUAUUGUGAACGGGACAUAUUUAAUUCAGGUGCUGUUUGUCGGUUCCUCACCCAGGGCUAAAAUUAGAAUAAAAAGGGUGUACAGACUUCUUUUCUUUCACCAAUUAUUUUUUCAACAGAUGUUUGUUAGACUCAUGCUAGAUGACUGGGCUGUGCCCAUGUUCCCAGUCUCCAAAUGUACUAACACUUCAAAGAAUCACAGUCCAUGUAGAAGGAUUUUUGAGUUAUAGAAAGAUUCCUUUUUCUAAAUAGCAGGAUUCUCAUUUAUUAUUACUAUUAGUCCCCCCCCCCCAACCCUGAAUCUAUAUAUGUGACUAGGUCUUGUUUCUCCUUGGAGAGUGAAUUUCCAUGCUAUCAUGCUUUGAUAAUAAUUUUUAUAAAUUAUAUCUUGUGUUCUGUAAUGUGCUUCAUUUUCUGUAAUAGCUUCUAUAUAAACUGCAUAGUAAAUGGGACUGAAUUCCAA